AUGGUCGACCCGGAGAAGACCGCGCCCCACAAGAAGACACGGGUUGUGUCCGUCAUUGCUGCGACGGCCAUCGCGCUGGCAUGUGGAACAAACUAUGCAUACUCAGCAUGGGCACCGCAGUUUGCCGACAAACUCCAGCUCUCAACGACCCAGAGCAAUGUCAUCGGGACAGCAGCCAACAUGGGCAUGUACGCCUCGGGCAUACCAAUUGGCCUCAUAACAGAUAGGGUGAACCCGCGCUUGUCAGCCGUCAUUGGCAUGUUUGCGCUGCUCGUUGGAUACUACCCCAUUAAAAUGGCCUACGAUGGUGGCCCUGGAUCUAUGAGCGUCGCCAUGAUAUCCUUCUAUUCCUUCGUCACUGGUGUGGGCAGCUGUGCUGCCUUCCAGGCUGCCUUGAAGACAGCGACAUUGAACUGGCCUGCACACCGCGGGUCGGCCACGGCUUUCCCUCUGGCAGCUUUUGGACUGAGUGCCUUCUUCUAUACCCUCAUUGCCGGUAUCGCCUUUCCUGGCAACACUUCUGGCCUACUUACUAUGCUUUCGCUAGCGACUUCUCUACUCGUCCUCGUUUCUAUACCAUUCCUCAUUGUUGUCGACCACAAGAGCGGCACCGGCUACUCAGUUCUGCCUACCAACGAGCGUACACGUCGCAAUUCCAACGUCUUGCAUCGAACCAACUCCCAUCACAGCAAGUUCAGCGCAACCGUGCUUCCGCCGCAGGAAGUCAACAUAACUGGAUUUGCGCUCCUCUACAAGCCUGAGUUUUGGCAACUUUGGAUUCUCAUGGGUCUGUUGACAGGUGUUGGUAUCAUGACGAUCAACAAUAUCGGUCACAACGUCCAAGCCUUAUGGAACCACUUCGACAAGUCUGUAAGCAAAGACUUUGUUGCACACCGCCAGCUAUGGCAUGUUUCUAUCAUCUCACUUGGUUCCUUCUUCGGCCGCCUUUCAUCGGGAAUUGGCUCCGACUUUAUCGUGAAGCGUCUGGGUCACUCACGCUUCUGGUGCGUUGUUAUAUCGGCUACAAUAUUCGCCAUCGAUCAACUCUGCGCGAUUCGCAUUGAGAACCCAAACUACUUAUGGGUGGUCUCAGGUCUCUGCGGUCUUGCAUACGGCGUAACCUUUGGCGUCCUUCCAGCGGUCGUGGUGGACACGUUUGGUCCUGACGGCUUUUCGGUCAACUGGGGUUUCCUUACAUGGGCUCCUGUUGUCAGCGGCAAUGUCUACAACUUGUUUUAUGGUGCAGUGUACGACUCAAACUCCAUUGUUGAACCGGAUGGCAACCGUAACUGCGAAGAGGGACUGCUGUGCUAUCAGAGAGCGUACUACGUUACGCUGCUUUCAAGUGUGCUCGGUGUCUUUGUAUGUCUAUGGGGCAUCCACGGGGAGCAUGCCAGAAAGAGAAAGGCCUUGGAAGAGCAUGACAGGCAUCGUGAUGCCUAA